AAUUAAUUAAACAUCCAAUAAUCUCUUAAAGCACAACCAGCGUAACUUCAGCACAUACUUGAUACAUUUUGGUUGAAUGAAGUAUUCAUUUACCAUAAGACAGCAUAAUCGAAGCAUAUUUUAGACAUAGUUCGGAAUUACUAUGAGCUUGGAUACGAAGCAAGGAAAAAGAUGUCAGUUUGGUUUACAAUACCCCAUUGACAACAUAUGGGACAUUGAAUCAUCGUUUUGACUAUUUCGUUACUUGACACAGUUACGGCGUGCAUGACAAAAUAACGGUUGGUUCACUACCCAUGGUUGCCAAUGAAUACACAACACGGAUUGUUGUGGAUACAGCACCGUUUGUCAAGCGAACACGACUCGAAAAUUUCAAUGCUAUUAUUUAUACUGUACCACAAGUAGUCGAUGAAAUCAAAGAUCCUCAGACACGUGAAUAUAUGAAAUGUCUACCUUAUACAAUAAAUUGUCAAAUACCACAAAAAGAAUCUGUAAAAUACGUUAAAGAUAUUGCAAAACAGACCGGAGAUAUUUCAGUGCUUUCUUCAACAGAUAUUCAAGUGAUUGCAUUAACUUAUGAAUUGUAUAAAGAGUAUAUAGGGGAACCGAAGCUCAAAGAAAUAAAACCGUUACCAAGUAAUCUUAGCUUAUUGGCUCGUUGUGAAGUACCGAAAACAACGGGUAAAGAAAGUGGGACAUCUGGUGAAGACGACAACGAUGAUGAUGAUAAUGAAGAUGUUGAGGGAGGAGAAGAAGGAGAAUCAGCAACAGCAUCAGAAGAAGAAGACGAAGAAACACAACAGGACACAGAAUCUCUUGAACCUAACGAUGAUGAUUGGAUAACAGAAGAUAAUUUCGAUGAAAAAGCUAUGACUAACUUUGGACUUGGACGUGAUUUCUCAGAUUCAAUGGAACCAAUAAAUAAAGCUCAGACAGAUGUUGUGGCAUGUUUGACAACUGAUUUCGCUAUGCAGAAUGUUCUAUUUCACAUGGGUCUUGAUAUAGUCAGUUUGAAUGGUUUACGUAUUCGUCAGCCAAGAACUCAUUUACUGUGGUGCAGUGCAUGUUGCAAGCCUACAAAACGCACAGACACUUAUUUCUGUCCAUGGUGUGGACAUGCUAGUAUGCGUCGGAUUCCAGUGACCCUGCACGAAGAUGGCCAGUUAGAAUUCCAUUUCGCAAGAAAAUUUGUGCCUAGAUUACGUGGCUUGAAACAACCUAUACGACUUCCCAAGGGUGGAAAACAUGCCGAUGAACCAAUCUAUUGUGCAGAUCAACGUCUACCUGAUCGGCGACCAGCUCGUCCUAAAAAUGCAAAAGUUGUCCCUGUCGCUACAAAUGGUCUCCUAGGACUUGAAGAUGAUGAAUUGUCGAAAGUAUUAGAAUUCCAGUGCGAUUUGAACAGUGCAUCCACAGUAUUCCCGUUGAAUGAUGUCACUAGUCGAUCUGCACUACACGGGAUUCGAUCAGAUCAUCAAAUACCGAGUAGAGCAUUUCUACAAGGCAGUCGUCCAGAGCAUGGAUUGAAACCAACUAGAGGAAAAGCGCAUAUUUCUAGACCACGGACAGGGAAUAAAAAGAAGCGUAAAUAAUGCGGCUGAUGAUGACGAUGACGGCUUUUCUCUUCUCUUCUCCUCUGUACGUAUCUAAUUUAUCUAAUUAAUAAAAAAUACAUUUAUA